AUGCAAGAUAAUCUUGAUUAGACAGCUUCCUUUUUCUAUAACCCUAAAAUCAAAAUCCCAAAAUUAAAAUGUACUUAUGAAGUUAUUUGUUCUCCUGAUUUCGAAAUUCCUACUUUUAGUAGAAAAGAAGACUCUUGUUAAUAAAAAUCAUUAUUCAAGUAAUGUCAAAGGAGAAAUAGUCAAACAAACAUUGUUCACAAUAAUUUAAGCAAUAUAUUCAAUUAAAUCUCACUAAAAAAGGCAAAUUCAGACUCUAAAACCAAUCCAAAGGUUCCACCACUUAAGAUACAGUAAAAAUCUCUGCUUUCUAAAGUUUCAGACUAGAAAUCAAUAAGUUAACAUUCCACAACUAUAUUAAGAGGAAGAGGUAGUAUAAAAAUACUUCAAAAUCCAUUUAUCACAGACUCUCGCAAUUCUUAAAAAUCAACUUGUACAUCAGGAAGCCAACCUCCAUAACCCAAAGGAAAACCAUUUUUAUAAAGAAAAGCUUAAAUACAAAUGGUGAAUAGAGUAUUCUCUUCGAUGUCUUAACAUAGAUGA